AUGGAACAACAACUGCCAGAGGUUACGGUAAUACUCUUGGAUGGAUCCAAGAAUAUGUUAUCAUCAUCAAAUCAAUUAGAAACAAAAUUUGAUAGUUCAAGAUAUUUAAUCUUACAUUAUUUACAAAAGUGCAAAUGGAAUACAUUAUCUGUGAUAUCAUUCGCUUCUGAAUGUCAAAUCUUACACAGUUUUACCAAAAAUCAUGAUUCGUUAAUCAUGACGAUAAACGAAUGGAAAUUUACACCCGAAGAUUCCAACCGAGAAAUGAAGGCAGCGUGCGAAUUCGUUGAACAAUAUGUUACAGAUACAUUCGGUCCGGAUCAAGUGUGUCAGAUAAUAAUUUUAACGGAUGGGAGUUCUCCACAAGGACGAGUUCUUUCAGAGGAGGACGGGUCUCGACCGAUACAAUUUC